GUGCCGUUAUCGAUGGUUUUACAGCCAUACUUUACGCACCACCAUUUUUGUUUGGACAAUGGAGAAUUUUUCUAAAUUUAUAGAAAACGCAUAAUUUGGACGAAGUACAACGCCCACAAGAUGUUCAAUGGCAUGGUGAGAACGAUCCGCGACAGCGUCGUCGGAACCUACCCCUCUUGCCAUGUCAGCACUCGCCUGGAGGAGCGGAGAGCCAAGCAAAGGGCGAUGCGCCAGGAGCGCAGGCGGAAACCAGACAAGCCGGACGAUUUUGUCACCUACGAGGACUCGGGCAGCGACGAGGAGACGCCCCAGCAGCAGGAUGAGGUGCUCAAUACAUCCUACAACCUAUGCGACUACCUAAGGAGCAGAGAGAGUGCUCUCCAGGAUCGGCGCAGCGUCAAUGUGGAGUAUACCAGUCGAUACGUGCUCACCCACGAUAUGCUGCGCGAGACCCAAAUCAAUCUGGGCUACAUCAACAAGGUGUUCUGCUCCAAGUGGCUGAGCAACCGGCAGGUUGUCUUCGGCACCAAGUGCAAUAAGCUGCUCGUCUACGACGUGAACAUGCGGCGGGUGGACGCCAUCCCAACGCUGUCCAACAGUCGAGCUAAUCAUCCGGAGGUGCAGGGAGGCCUGCAUGCCAUUGAGCUGUCGCCUAGUCGCUCGUUUCUGGCCACCGGUGCGCGCAACUCCUCCGACAUUGCUGUGUAUCGCCUGCCCACGCUGGAUCCGGUGUGCGUAGGCGAGAACGGCCAUCGAGACUUGAUCAUGGGCAUGUGCUGGCUGGACGAUCAGUUUUUGGUCUCCGGAUCGAAGGACUCGCGCAUGGCCCUUUGGCGCAUCAACGAGGAUCAUAUGGAGUUUCCAGAUGGCGGCGAGGAGGCGUGUCCCACCUUUGCCACCAUUCACCCGCUUAGUGUUAAGGAAGUGCGAACUGCCCAAAGGAUACGCUCCCUGUGCUUCAACAAGGAGUUCAAGGAGAUUGCCGCCCUCUCACUGAACGGCUACAUACACAUCUUCAAUGCGGAGACCUUCAAGCAGACCCUCUCCCGCAAGCUGCCCAACUGCCAGGACAAUGUGAGCAUUGCCUAUCACAACGAUGGCCUGUAUGCGGUCGGCUGUCGCUCCUACACCAUCCUACUGGACGCCCGCACCCUGCAGACCAUCAAGAAGAUCACCUCCCGGUACAGUGGAUGCGGCAUUCGAGCCACCUCCUUCGAGGGCAACCUCCUAACGGUGGGCACUGGCCUGGGCAUGCUCCUGUUCUAUGAUAUUCGUGCCGGAAAGUAUCUGGAGAGCAGUGUAAAUGCCUCCCGGACUGUCGCCCUCAAGUGCAGUAAAGGGAUUGUGUAUCCGGAGGAUGAUUUGGACGGUUUCCAGCAGGUGAAAUACGUGCCUGCCAUCUACACCCACUGCUAUGACAGUACGAGGAUGCGCCUCUUUGCGGCGGGCGGUCCACUGCCAGCCACCCUGGUUGGCAACUAUGCGGGAGUUUGGCAAUAGAAAGAAUCCCUGGGGCUCAUAAAACUGAUUAGCUUUUAAGUUGAGUCAUUUGUUGAUUUGUGAUCUUUGAUUUCUUCGCUCAUACUUUGGCAGGCUAUUGGCCUGUUCAACGUUUUUGUAAAUUAAGCAAACGAUUAGGUAUAUGUAU